CGGUGCUGACCCGGCUCUGAUGGCGGGCCCGGCCGUCGCCAGGUUUCCGGACCGGCCCGACCCGCCGGUGACGCCAGCCAAGCUGCAUCGGAUCCAGCUGAUAGCUCCGCUCCAGGGCCAGCCCUACUGGAUCAAGGACACCUGCCGCCAACUCGGCCUGCACGAGGGGCGUUCAACGCGCACCGUCGGCGCCGUCAACGUCGUCAAGAACAUCCCGGAGGUGAACGCCAUGCUGUACACCGUGAAGCACGUGAUCCGCGUGGACCCAAUCACCUUCCCGGACGGCCAGCCGGCGAACGACGACCUGGACGGCUGGCAGCUGCUGGAGGACGGCCGGGUGGUGCGGAACGCCGCCAUGCGCGUGACGCCGGUCGUCACCGAGUACGACCGGCUGAAGCUGGCGCCGGCCACGGUGCGGGAGCGUCUGCGACUGCGCUGGAUCAAGCCGUUCAGCUUGGAUGAGAAGCGUACCGUUUAGUGCCGCCGCGCCGCGGGCCGCCCUCAGUAUCGGCCGGAGGCAGCGGG